GUAGGUGGGUUUGGUGGUGGUAGUUGGGUGGUGUGUGGUAGGUGGUAGGUAGGUGGGUGGGUCAGCGAGUUCGAGUGCGCGGCCUCUAGGAAGCGCGCGGUAGCCGCAGUGACCGCCCGUCCUCCUCCUGCUGCUGCUGCCGCCUCCACACGAGGAGUCGCUCCUCUGGUCCCGUGAGCAGCGAGAGAGGUGGGGGGGGGGUGGUGACACGGGCUGCCGUGAGAGGCAGCAGGGAGGGAGGUCUCUCCCCACCCGGCUCCCCACACACACGGGGCCAGGCAGCCCCGGCACUGUGCACGACUUUGCUGCAUACAAUAGCCACAGAGAGAGACACCACGGGCGGACAGGCACAGGCACUCGGGGCGUGUACGCGCAAGCUUGAACAUAGGUGUGCUGUGAUUUCACACAGACACACACACAGACACACACACACAGACACACGGACACACACAGACACACAGACACGGACACACACACGGACACACACACACGGACGUGAUGUAAUCACAUACAGCCGUGCGAAACGUACGGCCACUAUUCGCUUACGCCGGUACACACAGACCUUCCACUGUCUUCACGCACGCGUGGUCACACACACCACACACACACACGUGGUCACACACACACACACCACACACACACCACACACACACACGUGGUCACACACACACGUGCACACACUAAUACGCACGUGUACAUACUCAGGUGUUUACACACUAAUACACACGUGUACACACUAAUACACACCUAUACACAGAGACAUGCACUGUAUAUACACACUUUAGACACCUAUAUACUGUAAACACACAUAUCUAUACACGUGUACACACAGACACGUGCUCACACACGUGUUCACACACACACACACACGUGUACACACACACACCUAUCUCCACACACAUCUCCACACACACACGUGUACACACACAUCUACUCACACACACGUGUACACACUCCCAUCUACACACACACACACGUGCUCACACACACAUCUAUACACACACGUGCACACACACACACACACAUCUACACACACGUGUAUACACACCCAUCUACACACACACACACGGGCUCACACAUCUACACAAACGUGUACACACACACACGAGGGCAAGGUGGGUGUGGAUGUGUGCCGCGUGUUUGCAAGUCCCGACGAAGACGACGUCUUCGUGUUCUCGCUGGGAUUGUAGUCGCGCUGUGAAGAUCUGACGACUUUGCGGGGAGAUUUACGAACGAUCGCGGUGAACGAGGGGGGCUGACAAGACGAAGAUCGACGUUUCGGAGGGGGGGGGCCCUACAGCAGCUGUGAAGACGCGUUUGUGUCAUAUCCACUGCUGGAUGAGAGAGGCCUCUCUGAUCAUCAGCUGUUGUUUGGAGGAUCGUGAACAGAAGGCGAAGAGCGAAAGCCGCCACGGGGUUUGUUCGACGUUUCGCGAGCGAAGCCUACAAGCGAAGCUCCUCCCGUCGAGGCGAUUUGCCCGGAUUGUGAUUGACCAUACUUCACCAUCCUGGUGUCGUGAAGAAGACGAGAUGAUGGUGAUGAUGGUGAUGAUGGUGGUGGUGGUGAUGAUGGUGAUGAUGAUGGUGGUGAUGGCUUUGGAUGGAUGAAGACGGCGAUUCGCGUGGACUUUGAAGCAAGGUGCCAGCUUGUUGAGGAUAAUGUUAAAGUUUAAAGUCGUUAAACACAAAAGUCACAACGAUGGGACCACGAGCUUUGAUCACCCGCUAGGCGAGCAGGCUGGCGACACCGCCGUGCUGCUACUGACCAAUCAGAUUUCCGAAUCGUCACAACCACAACAACAGCAGCCGCCGCAACAGCAACAACAGUUCUAUCAUCAUCAGCAGCAGCAGCAGCAUCAGCACCACCAUCAUCAUCAGCAGCAGCAGUCGUCCACCCCGCCCCCGGUCCCGCGACACCAAUCCCAUCACUACCAGCAGCAGCAGCAGCAUCAGCAGCAGCAUCAUCUCCUGCACCCUCACCACUACCAGCAGUAUCAGCAGCACCAACAUCAUCAUCAGCAGCAGCAGCAUCAGCUGGGCGGAGGCAGCGGCGGAGGAGGAGGAGGGGAGGAGGAGGCGCUGCUGGUGGUGUGUGACGCGGCGCCCGCUCGCCCGGUCAGCGUGUCCAGCGGGAGCUCCGCCACCAACGCCGCCGCCGCCGCCAUGUCCGGCCACCCGGCAGGGGGCGAGCACGACGGGGGGGGCGCCCCCCCCAGCCCCGUGCCUAAGAACGCCAAGGGCUCCAGGAAGCUGCAGAACUUUGGCAAACGCUCGCACUCCAUCCGGCGGAACCCCAACGCGCCCGUCAUGAUCCGGGGUUGGCUUCACAAACAGGACAGCACGGGGAUGAAGCUGUGGAAGAAGCGUUGGUUCGUGCUGUCCGACUUCUGCCUGUUCUACUACAAAGACGACAAGGAGGAGGGUGUCCUGGGCAGCAUCUCCCUGCCCAGCUUCCAGGUGAAUCCGGUGGAAGCCGGCGAUAAAAUCAACCGCAAGUUCGCCUUCAAGGCCGGGCCUCCGAGCCAGAGGCACGAGAAGCCGUCAGGGGGGGGGCGCCACUUGACUCGUGUGCCGUGGCAGGCGCGGCACGCCGGCAUGCGCACCUACUACUUCGGCGCGGACUCGCUGGAGGAGAUGCGCGUGUGGAUGAAGGCGAUGGCGCAGGCGUCGCAGCUGCAGAUGGAGAUCCCGCAGGGCAACAGCGACGGCGGCGGCGGCAGCAGCAGCCUGCGCGACGGCGCGGACGAUAAACCGGCGAGCGCCGUCAACCACUCCCGCGGGCGAGCGGCGGAGGAGGAGGAGGAGGCGGGGGGGGGGCAGGUGCUCGCCGACGGGCUCCGUGGGGCGCCGGCGCUGGCCCGGUGGCGGCCGCCGCGCUCCGACGGCGGCGACGACGGAAACGACGAGGACGAACGGGGCGGACCGCGCGGCGACGUGGAGAUCGUGACGGAGGAGGGGUUGGCUCGCCCGCGGGCCAGCACGGACGACGACGACGACGCGGAGGUCGAGGCCGUCACGUCGUUUGCCGGCCCGUCGGUCGCGACCCGCGCCGACGACGACCACGACGACGUCGAUGACGGCGGUGACGAUGACAGCGGCGUCGCUGCGGCGGAGGCGGCUGCGGAGGAGCUCCGGAGGCAGCUGCACGACGGCUACGACGAGAGGGGGGCGGCCGCGGAGCAGCGGGACGACGACGACGGCGACGAGAGGUUUGACCCGUCGGCGGGCCCCGGCCGCACGCCCGCGGAGGCCGCCGAUCGCCCGACCGCCGGCGCCGCGAUCUCACGGCCGGAAGCGGCGGCGACGUCCUGCGUGGUUCUACGUCACCCGAACCCGCAGCAGCAGCAGCAGCAGCCGCGGCCGCAGCAGAGGCCGCUGCUGCAGCAGCAGCAGCAGCAGCUGCAGCGACACAGCACGGGCGGCCUGGGGCUUGCCGGCAGCAGCAGCCUGUCGGCGCUCGACCAGGACGGGUUUGGCUACGGGGCGGCGGGCGGCGCCGGCGAGGGCCACCGGGCGGUGGCGGCGGUGGCGCUUGAGAGGGAGCGCGAGAGGGAGAAGCGCAACUCGAUGGUGCAGCUGGAGCAGUGGAUGCAGUCGCAAAAGGAGAAGAAUGAGGGAGACCGCUUGAGCAUCGCGUCCACCCAGACGCUGCCCCGGUCCAUGCCCAGCUACCGCCAGUCGCUGGUGGUGGUGGGCGCCCCCUACCCGGACGGCUACACCUCGCUGCCUCGCCACGCCGCGGCCGCCGCCUCCUCCUCCCUGUCGCGCCGCCCGCCCGGCGGGGCCGCUGGGCCCGCCGUGCCGUACGGGGCCGGCGGGGGGGCGGGGGGCUCCGCCGGGGGGCACGGCCCCUCCGCCGACGUGGUCUCGGAGCUGUUCGAGUGGCGGCAGCGCCAGGUGCUGCGGCACGGAGGGCACAGCCCGGCGCCGCCCGGCGCGUCGUCCGCGCUCCACCGGUUUGCGGUGAGCAGCCCCCCGACGCUCUACAGCAUGGCCGAGGUGGACGAGAGCGACGGGGCCGCCUACGGGGCGGGCGGCGACGCCGCGGGGUCGUACGGGGUCACGCGGGCCAGGUCGCGCAGCGAGAGGUCGCCCGGACACCGGAGGUCACACGCGCCCGCCGGGCGGGUGGACGUGGCGGCGGCCGCCCCCCCGGCGGCGCGCCACGCCGCGUUGCCGCUGGCGGGGCCACACCGGCAACGCGGCGCCGAGUUCAGCCACGGCUACGGAGCGCGGGGCACGCAGACGCUGGACAGGAGGCCCAUGCCAUCCAUGGUGUACACGUCCACCCCACAGUCCAUCCCGCCCAGCCUGCAGGGCCGCACGCCAGAGGAGCUGACCCUGCUGCUCAUCCAGCUGCGGAGAAACCAGGCGGUGCUUGCCGAAGCGAGGGACCGCACGCUCGCGCACCUGUUGGGCCCGGCGCCGGCCGCGCCGCGGUCACAGGUCCGGCACGAGUCGUUGGCACCGUCGCUGCACCUGCAGAGGAACCUGCGCUUUAUUGAGAGCCAGAUGAAGGCUAACGAGCCGCUAAUUAACACGGUGCAGACGAUUAUUUGCUGCCGCUCGCUCCCGUUCCGGCCGCAAUUUGUGUUCCCAGAAUCGAACUACUCGCUCCGCUCCAGCGGGCAGGACAUCGACAUGAAGCUGACGCGGCUGUGCGACCAGAACAAGACGCUGCACGAGCAGGAGACCAGGCUGAGGCAGCUGCGCAACGAGAAGGCGCGCAUCGAGUCGUCCCUGGAGGGGCUGCACCUGCAGAUCGCCCAGCGGCGCUCGCAGCCCGAGCUGCUGCACGAGCAGCAGCAGCGGCUGCAGGCCGACCUGGUGCACAUCCGUGCAGACAGCGCCCGGCUCAGCCUGGAUCUGGAGCGCUCGGUGAGCGAGUACAAGCAGCUGGAGUCGGACCUCCUGGCCCUGAGGGUCCAUCUGGAGGACCUCCUGAGCCGGCUCAGCUUCACACAGACUGAAGUGGGUCACCAGCAGCGGGCGCAGGUGCAGAGGGACUUGUGGCGGAUCCAGGAUGUGAUGGGGGGGCUGGGACAGGGCAGCUGGGACGUGACGACCGCGGGGGGGGCCCCCGUGGGAUCAGGUGUCAGCGGUCACCCCCACCUCGCCCGGGACCCCUCGGGAAGCCCCCCACGAGCCGUGGGACCCCACUCGCCCCUCCGCUCCUCCCUGAGACGGGAGGCGACGCCGCCGCGGCCUCCGCUGCCCGACAGCUACGGCAGCUACGGCUCGGCGCGGCCGGCGCUCGCGGGCAGCAGCUGGGGGUCGCCCUACGCUGGCGGCGCGUCCGGAGAGCAACUCACCAACGGCGACGCCAAGGUCGCUCACCACCAACCGCAGCAGGGCAAGAGCAACGGCUCCAGCGACCGGCAGCAGCAACAGCAGCAGCAGAAGGUCUUCACGUCGCUUGUCGGAGUUGUCCCCCCGCUGUCCCAGCCGGGACAGAUGCAGUCGACCACCAUCGCCUCCUACGUCACGCUGCGUCGCGCCAAGUCGAAUGGGGCCAAGGAGCGGCCCAAGAGCGCGAUGGACGCGCUGUACCCGGCGGGCGGUCCCGCGGGCGGUGCCGGCCGGGGCAAGAUGAGCGUUGAGGAGCAACUGGAGCGGCUCAAGCUCAACCAGAAGGCGGCGGCGGUGGCAGCCGGGGGGGGCGGUGGCGGGGGGGACGCGGCGACGACGACGGUGACCCCCGCGGGGGGGUCGGGCCGCGCCGCUCCGCGCCGACGCGGCCACACGAUGACGCUCGACCGCCGGACCAUCCUGGCGGCGCAGUCGCCCGCUCGGCCCGCGUCCGUGGACGUCUCGCAGCUCAUGAAGGUGAGCCAGCGCAAGGACGACCUGGACAUCGCCGAGUUGGAGCGCGCCGUGCAGGACGCGUCGGCGCCCGAGACGCCGGCGCAGGAGAUCGCGCGGCUCCGCACCGCCGGCACGGAGCUCGACGGCAGCUACGACCCGGGGUCAGAGCAGGUGUCCCCCCCUCGUCACCACGUGAUGGUGCCCGAGCGCUACGUGGACGAGGACCCCGAGGAGCCGCUGAGCCCCCUGGAAAUGGAGGCGCGGCAGAAGAACGUGGAGCGGAUCAAGGCGAUGCUCGCCAAGUCCAGCGUGCAGAACGUGGCGCCGCUGCCGUCGCCGGCGAGCCGCGAGGUGGCGCAGGGCAAGGUGGAGGCGCACGUGCAGGAGCAGGAGCGCAUCAUCAGCAUGUCGUGCGCCCUCGCCGCGGAGGCGUGCCAGCGGAGCAAGGCCGUGGCCGCCAAACUCACUUCCCCGACGAAGGGGGCCUCCCCUUCCCAGGAUGCAUCGGCGCCCGGCGGCGGGAGCCAUUUUGCGUUUGUUUAGAACGCCAAGGUUUCCGCUCAGCUCAGCGGUGUCAUCCACCUGGCGGGAGAGGUGAAGGAAGAGGACGACGACGAUGAAGGGAACGAGAAGAGGUGUCUGCGAGAACGCGGCCGCAAGGAGAACCCCGCGGGCGGCCGCGCGUCUCUCGCCGUCGUCAUGCCGGCGAUCGCUACAGAGCCCCGACGACGAGCGGCGGCGUUACCGGAUGAAGAAGUGGCGUGCGGGCGGUGCGGGCGGUGCGGGCGAGCCACGGUCCGCAGCGGACGUGCGACCGGGGCGUCCGGCGGCUUCGAUCGAUCGCUCGUGGGUCCACCCCACCGGCAGCGGACCCCGACCUUACGACCUCGCCCACCCGCCCGCCCCGGGGGGGGUCGCUACGUCGAGUGGGAGUGGGGGGGGGGGGGACCCUCGUUGCCGCGUAUCAACGCAAUUUUUAAAACGAAAAUUCCUCCUCCCCCGCUCCCCCCUAGCGAUAGUUUAGGAUUAAAGUAACCGCGGGAAAGCCAAAUGAUGUUCUGUCGCUACCGCCGCGGCGCGCACGCUCCAGUGGGUCGGUUUUUGGGGGGUUGGAACCGAGCGGCAGAGAGGGUCGCCCGCAGUCCCGGGGCGCGGUUUGACGGGGCCUGGUGAGCGGUGACGGCUCGCAGGAGUGGCGUCUGUUGGUGGCCCACAUUACCAUAACACGACGUUACCACAAGGUGUGGGGGGGGGGGGGCAGCUGGCCGAGUCGCCCGACUCUUCGCGUGUCAUCUCAACGCUCCGUGUGCUCGACAGACCAAACGUCGUCGUGGCCAAUCCGCUGCUGGAUGAAGGCCUCCUCUGCCGACCUGCCGCUACCACCGCGAUCAUCCCGCGCGACGCGACGAUCCGUUAUGCAAACUGUAAAAUGUACGAAAAGACGCGUUGCAAGAGAGAGAAAUGAUCACGCCGAGUUGCCGACGGUUUGCGUGCAGCCCCGCCGGGUUGCCGAGCUCGGGGGCCCAGGCAGCCGCACCCCCAACCCCCCCCCCUCGCCGCUCCCCGACGUUCAUCUAAGCGAGGCGGUGUGGGGAGUGAUGGGCGGGGGGGGGCAGUGGCGGUGGUGGAAUCGGCGGUGGUCCCCGCUCGCAAGGGAAGAGCGCGGAGGAGCCUGCUGCCGACUUGUCAGCGGCAGCAGAGACGGCACCUCCGGCGACAACGACAGUUUGAGGGGCCGGCUGCGCGUGAGCGUCGGAUGCCCACCCCCCGUAGGCAGGUGGCGUCCGCUGUAACCUGGAGGCUGUAGUUUUCGUUGCGAGUUGUUCGGCCUGUACGCGGAGAGGGCCGCGCGCGGGGGUAGGUUUGCGGAGUGAGGCUGUAGGCGAGCGAAGGCUGCAAGUCGUAGGUAGGGUAGGGUGUGUUUGCGCCGUAGGGCGGUUUUCACCGUACUCGGAUGAUUUAGACGCUCAGUCGGGACGUAAGACGCGAAACCAAAACUUCGGGGUCAUUUUUCGCUUUUUAUUUUCAAAUCCAGAAAAUGCACCAUCGCGGGAAGACGCGGCGUGAGGAAUGAUGUGGUUACGCUGGAGGGGGGUGAGAGCAUGCGUGUCCCUGUGGCAGGGGCUGUGUGGCACGGAUGGCGUUGUUGGCUGUGCCCCCCGGUGUCGUUAAAAUCGUACACAUCUGGUCACACAUCCACACUAACACAGUGAUACACACUAACACAGUGAUACACACUAACACACAGUGAUACACACUAACACACAGUGAUACACACUAACACACACACUAACACACACUAACACACAGUGAUACACACUAACACACAGUGAUACACACUAACACAGUGAUACACACUAACACAGUGAUACACACUAACACAGUGAUACACACUAACACACAGUGAUACACACUAACACACAGUGAUACACACUAACACACACACUUGCACACUAACACACACUAACACACUAACACACUGACACACAGUGAUACACACUAACACACACUAACACACACUAACACACUGACACACAGUGAUACACACUAACACACACACUAACACACACUAACACACUAACACACGGCCAGCUGAUUUCGUGCCGCGUGGUCUCCAUCCAAGCGACGCGUCGUGCUUGGGCCGCCUGCAGCGUGCGGUGGUGAUGGUACCCCCCCCCCCCCCCCCCAGUGGCCACGUGUUGGCAGCAGGAGAGAGGGCUUCUGCUGCAUCAGCUGCGCGACAUUGGAGUUCAUGGCUCCCUUGAAUUGAUUAAUUUAAGUAAAAAACCAUCUCACCUUGUGCCUGCUAAGUCGAAACGCCGUCCGGCAUCGCACCCCCCCCCCAUCUCUACCAGCUUAUCUCUCAUUCGCGUUACAAUCUAAAAUAACGGUUCAUAGCUAUAUUUUAUUACAAGUGUGCGUGUGUGUACUAUUAAUGUUAUCACCUUUGUAGGUUUUGUUUUUAAAGUUUGUAGUUUUGGCUUUUUGUUUUUACUCGCAAAUACAUUUAGUCGCUGGUAAGUUUGAAUAACCCCCCCCCCCCCCCCCCCCGGUAUGCUGUAUUAUAAUGUUAAUGAUGAGUAGCCGUGUUAAUAUUAAUAAUAAUUUUAUACAUCCUCGGAUUUUACUGUGAAACACAGAUCUCGUUGGGGAGGAGGAGGGGGCGGUGCGGAGUGUCGAGUGGGCGGGGCGUCGUAGUGGGUAGUCGUAGUAGUGGGUAGUAGUCGUAGUAGUGGGUAGUAGUAGUAAACAGCUAAACUAAUGCAUCGCUUCCACUCGCUCGAGUGCUCAGCCCCCCCUCCUUCCCUCCCCCUGCUUCCCACCCCCCUCCCCCCCCCGUCCUCCUUCCCCCCCCUCUCCUUCCCCCCCCUCCUUCCCUCCUCCUCCCACCCUCCUUCUUCCCCCCCUCUCCCCCCCCUCCUCCUCCCCUCGCCCUCCUCUCCCCCUCCGCAUCCCCCUCCUCUAAGGCGCUGGCUGUCACCGCCAGCCGCGCCUUUGCAGCGAUCUCAACGAGGAUGGGGGAAGGGAAGUCGCCGUGGUAGCGAACGAGCGGUCGCAGCACGACCGCUGCCCACCCAUGCUGUGUCAGCUCGCCACAGUCGCCACCAUCGUCACCAUCGUCACCGCCAACUUCAUUACCAACGUCAUCAACAAACUUCACCAACUUCAACUCCAACUUCAACGCCAUCGUCACCGCCGUCGUCACCGCCAUCGUCACCACCAACUUCAUUACCAACGUCAUUAACAAACUUCAACUUCAACUCCAACUUAAACGCCAUCGUCACCGCCGUCGUCACCACCAACUUCAUCACCAAACUUCAACUUUAUCGCCAUCUUCACCGCCAUUGUCACCACCAUCGUCACCACCAAACUUCAACUUUAUCGCCAUCUUCACCGCUAUCGUCACCACCACCGUCACCACCAACUUCACCACCAUCGCCUCCGUGUCAUUUUCGCCGAUGCCGGCCUAUUCUAGCACAGCGCCUGCCUUCACGAGACCGGGAUCGGUCGCUUUUCGUGUCUUUGUAUUUUUUAAGUGAUUUUUUUUAUGUUAAGGUUAGACUCCCCCACCCCACACCAACCCCCACCCACAGAAAAAGAAUACAAACUCAAUCUGCGUGCCCUCGUUUGAAUUCCAGUUACAUUGUUUCGUGGUUUUAUUUAUGUAAAUAUUGUUCUCCACUAGCUUGUGCUUUUAAAACGACGAAUACAAAAGUAACAAGUGUUCUCACUUUAACCCCUUGGUGAACGGUGUUAGUCAACAUUUGAAAGCACUUUUGCAUGGCUUUAAAAACAAUAUCGACAGCGUACACAUAUAUAUAUUUUUUAACUUUAUUUUAACACCGGUUCAACUUUUUCUACAUCGCUUUCGUGAGCUCGUGGGCUUCCGGGGCUUGUCUUCAGACAUCGCCAAGUGACGCCACGGUCUAACCGCCCCCCCCCCCCCCCAGGCAACCUGAACCUGGUGGAGGAGUUCAGCAUUUUUCACGAGCGCGCAUAUGUAGGCGUGUGUUUGUGUGCGCGGGCAGCGUUUGCGACCCAUUAUCUGAACCGGUACUGUCGACCCGGCCUCCGAGUGAGUAGCCGGAGCGGUGUGUUAAACAUCGCCACUGGGGAGACAAAGGCGGCCGGGCGUGGUUUCUGGUCACAAACAGCACCCUCUCUCGUGUGCCGUGCCGGCCUUCGUAGUCUGUUAAAAGGCUAUAUGGGGGAUAUUUGCCUUUGCAUAGGUUUAUCGCCCACCUCCCCCCCCCCCAUUCUUCGCUCACAAAGAGUUUCUUCAAAUGUUAGAUUCUCAUAGAAGAGAGAGGGAAAGUUGUAUCGGCAUUCUUAGCAGAUUUUUAUAAAAGUGUACAGUAGAUUUAGCGAUCCUAGGGGAGUUACUGUUUGUAUGCCCGCGCUAAAUGUUGAUGACUUUAAAACGACCCCCAAACAAUUUUAUAUAACCACACCUGCGUUUGGAAUAUUAGAAACAUGCUUUAAUAAUGAUGAUGACGACGACGAUGCUCAAACAGUCGUAUCGAAGACAGGAUAACAACACGUGCCGAUUUCCAGACUCACGCAUUUUGCUCAAAUUCUCUCGCUGCGGAGAGAAAAUGGCCUUUGAUUGUAUUCUUACCCCCAGGUCUCCUUUUUUGCAAGAGACUUUAGCCCCCCCCCCAACCCCCAUAUCGAUGUCUGGCUUUUAAUGUGGAGGUCGGCGAAGGUCACUCUGUCUAUGGUCGUCCUGGGUGCCCUGGGUGAGUUUGACCCGCGCACGCGGCACCUGGGUCUGUCCCGUGACCGCCUGCCGGCGAGCGAGCCUUCGUCACGGCGUCAGGAGGGCCGCCGCCUCGUGUGGUGGACAACGCCGUGGUGGACGUCGCCGCCAACUCGGUGACGAGCGGCAGUUGUUUGUUGUUUGUUGUUGGGCCAGCGACGCGCGCCCUCUCCCAACGCGCGCGUACCGCGCCCCGACCUCGAGCGCGCCGUGUCCGUUGUGACGUGGCCCGUUGUGACGUCGUCCAUUGUGACGUGGUCCAUUGUGACGACGAACGGCGGAGCCGUUAGCCAAUCAGAUCCAUCGUCACACGCGCCUCGAGUCUCCACCCCCUAUAACCCCCAAGGUUGCGUUUUUCGACUUGGGGCGACAGCAUCUCGGUGCCUAUAUAUCGGCGGAAACUUUCCGCAUUUGACAAAGCAAUGCACAGGGGACCCCCUUUUACCCGAUGGGUAGCAUUUGCACCCAAAAGUUGUAAAAAAAAAAACUACUUAGCGGUGUAUUAAAAGUUAAUAAUAAUAAAAACCGAAGUGAUACAAAAAUAUAUAAAACACGCAAAAAAACACGACAGUUCAAUACAGUUUGUUGGUAAAUUAUCUCGUUACAUUGAGGCAGAGGAAGAAGAUGGUACUGUUUAAAACGCAUUUAAGACGUGUGGAAAUUUGCGUGUGGAUAUUCCUUGUAAUAUACGAUGAGGUAUUUUUGGAAUCGCGGUUUGUCAUUUUUUUUCUCUCCCCUCUCUCUCACGAGGGGCAAAAUGCAGCAGCGGCGAUGUCGACGAGGAGGAUGUCGCGUUGGGGUUUUUUGUGUGUUUCGCUUGAGUUGUGUACACAACUAAUAAAAGCUACUCACCGGCUUGGACGGGAAAACGCCUCCAUGGCUCGCCUUGA